AGAAUUCUCCCCUCCAUAACCAUGGAAACUUAGUUUACAACUGUCAACAAACUGGUUAUACUUUUAAAUCAAGGAGCCAACUCUUAUUUAGUACUUAUUUGAAGAACUACCAAGAAAUUUCAAUUUAUUUCACACAUUUCCAGUUUAAAUUUGAUCUUGAAUACUAGUAAAUCCUUACAUAGUUUUGAGUUCUUCUUCAUCUUGUUCUUUGUAUUCAAAGUACAUUUCAAAAACGUUAACCCUGUGUUUUAGAAUGGUUAGUACAACUGUCAUUCAAAUAAUCAACUUUCCUAACGUCUUCACAAGUCCGAAUUUUUCAGGAUAGUUAGUACAGUUUUGUAGUGCUCAUGCGGGAAGUAAUCCCAUUCAAUUGGCGCCAUAUUGAAAACUGUAACUGCUAAAAAUAUUGACUUCAAGUUGUUUUUGGUUUCGGCUAAUUUUAUGACCAAUAAUGGCUGAUGCAAAUGCGUCUACUUCAGAAACACCAUCAACCUCAGAUAAACCAUCUGACUCUGGUGACGCAAAUUCAGAAUAUAUAAAAUUAAAAGUAGUUGGAAAUGACUCCAACGAAAUACAUUUCAGAGUGAAGAUGACUACGCAAAUGGGGAAACUCAAAAAAUCAUACAGCGAUCGAGUGGCGGUCCCAGCAUCUUCACUAAGGUUCCUGUUUGAUGGGAGGCGUAUCAGUGAUGAAGACACGCCCAAGCAAUUAGAAAUGACUAAUGACGACAUCAUAGAAGUUUACCAGGAGCAGACUGGUGGAGAACUAGAUGGACUGACAAACGUUCAGCUACGAGAACAUCCAGAUAUCCCAGAGCAGACUGGACAUCCAAACUCACCACUCGUCACGCUCAGGCCGUGUUGAUGGUGGAUGGGUGACCGUUGGUGGAAGGACUUGAUAAUUAUUGUGUUUGGGGCGAAGGACUUGAAAUUUUUAGUUGAGAAAGAAGCUGUGGAGUUCCGCAGGGCUGUAUUUGUGGAGGACUCUUGUAAACUUAGUUUUGAUCUAAAUUGUGUUGUAAAAUUUGUAUAGUAUAGAUGCAAAAUCAUACGAGGGUGAGUCAGUUAUUAUCCGUAUUUCUGUUCAUGUUGGUAGCACUGUUUGGCUCAACUCACAAUAAAUUGACAAAUUGUUAACUGAAGCCGAUAGAUCUAGUAGUUGUUUUUGGUGAAGCUAUGUGACGCUGGUCGUCUCUCAUACUGUGCCCUUCUUACACUCUUACACUCCCAACAACACACUAAUAAUAGACAGUGUAUAGGGUGUCUAUGUUGCAAAUGUGAGUGUUAACUGAAGCCGAUAGUCCUAGUAGUUGUUUUUGGUGAAGCUAUGUGACGCUGGUCGUCUCUCAUACUGUGCCCUUCUUACACUCUUACACUCCCAACAACACACUAAUAAUAGACAGUGUAUAGGGUGUCUAUGUUGCAAAUGUGAGUGUUAACUGAAGCCGAUAGUCCUAGUAGUUGUUUUUGGUGAAGCUAUGUGACGCUGGUAGUCUCUCAUACUGUGCCCUUCUUACACUCUUAGGCUCAACUUACACUUAGGUGACUCAGGUGGAGAAGAGACUGUACUCUAGUGGAGAGCAUGUGUUUCCAAAUGGUGACACUCAGACCAGUCGAUUCUAGUCUCCGCGUCGUCACCAUUUGGAAACACAUGCACUCCACUAGAGUCCAGUCUCUUCUCCACCUGAGUCGCGUAAGUGUGAGUUGAGUCUAACUGCGAUAAUUGACAGCUUGCUAGUGAUGAUGGAAUUGAAAUAGCUGUUUCAAACUAGCCCAGUUGUAAACACUAAUGAAAUAUACCUACAUUGCGGAUAAUAAUUGAUUCAAGCUACGUUUACACCAAACUUAAUCUUUAUAGAUUCUAUUAGAUUGAACGGAACUUGACAAAAACAUAUGUUCAUUAUGUGUAUGAUAAGUUAUGUUCAAUCUAAUAGAAUCUAUAAGGAUUAUGUUAUUAACAUUUUGUUUAUAACUUUGAUGUAAACACAGCUUUACCCUCGUAGAUUAUACAGUAGCAUCGGUUAAAUACAAAGAUUUUUACAAACAUUGA